AUGCAAGUAGAAUCCCUUCUGCCAGAUGAAGUUGAGCAGAGAGGAUGCCUGAGCAGAGAGGAUGCAAUUUCUCAUGUCUUUGUGGUUGCUUGUCCUGUGCAGGGAUUGCGUAGACUGACAGCUUCUGCCAUGGCCCUGUUCCUUGCAGCUUCUUUCAUCUCUUACUCCUGGAGUGCUCCUCAGGGUCACUUCCAAAGAAGAAACUGGACUCCUCAGGCUAUGCUCUAUUUAAAGGGUGCACAGGGACGUCGAUUCAUCUCAGAUGAGAGCCAGAGGAAGGACCUCUAUGAUAGAUUGCAGCUAGAAACACGCAGCCAAAAUACAAAUCCUAUAUCUCUGUCGGAGGCUGCAGAACUAUUUCUUAACUCCUUACGGAAAGCACAAGAAGCGGAAGAAGAAAUCAAUGAUCACCCUGGAUACUUAACAGACAAUCUAUUAAACUGGUGAAAGAUUUCAAGUUGCAUCAACAUGCCUAUUCAUCUCCCUUGAACCCAUGGUCUAUGUAAGCAAAACAUUCUGAUUCAUCUGACUCCACCUGUGUUCUGAAGGAAUAAAGCUUGGACUCAUUUUUGCAUUUUGAACGCAAAUUGAUUAAAGGUUAUUGUUCAGCUACGGAAACUAUUUUAAAUUUGAUUUCCUAUCUUAAACCACAUUGCGUGCCACCCAAAAUUUAAAAACCACUGGAACAUAUUAGCUUACAGGACCCAAACAUCAUACUGAUAUUGAAUUGUUUUUGAUAAUUUUUCCAAAAUCUUCUCAUGGAAAAACUUUCACCAUAUUCCAGCCAACUCUGCAUGUAAACACUUUUUAACCUAUGACAGCAGUUGACUCUUUAACCACCACAUUGCUGGUCCUGAAAUCCACCUGCAGGGCUCUUGCAGUCUAUUGGUGUUCCAGUUAAAUCAAUGAAAUAUUAGAGUGCAUCUAGUAUAUGGGGCAGCAAAGCAGGUGAUUUCUGCUGGAGAUAUUUCAUACUGGAGCGAACAAUCAACAGGCUACCUAUCUAGGCCUUAAUCCUGCAAAAUUAAAAUAUAUGCUUAUCUUUUAUGUACUGUGAGUAAUCCCAUCAAACUACUCACAGUGUAUAAAGAUAUGCACAUGUGUAAUUUUUACCAGGAUUGGGAGCCUUCCUAAUGAUCAUGGGAUAAAUUCACCACUGUUAUCAGUUGAAGUUUGUUGUGUUGUGCCAGCAGUGAAUCUAGUCACACAUGGCAAUAAGAAAAUUUGCACAAAAGUAUAUGUAAUUACACACAUUUUAUGCAAUUGAUUUAUGUACUUAUUUGCUUUCUGAGCUGCAAUAUGGGAAUUACACUUGAAUUGGCUAAUUGCUAUUCCACACUGAUAUGGACAUGUUUCACAUUGUUAUGUAGUUAUAUGAUAAUUACCAGAAAGUCUUCUGGAGUUCUGUAAUUAAAGAAUAGCCACCGGAUACGUGUGUCCCUGCAAUGAUGUUUCUUUUUUUUUUUCAAAACCAUUUGCCUGUGAUCUGUCU